AUGGGAGGGAAACGCGCAUCAAGGACAAAGUCAGAGCCAAUGGAUACCCAAAGUUUCCACGUUAAUGAAAUCAAGAUGGAGGAGGAACGUGUACUGAAUACCUAUGACGAUGACUUGGACUACGCGCAGGUGCAAGCAGGACCUUUUGAUGUAAAUAAUUAUUGCAAGCGAAUUGAGGUACAAAUUGUAAACGAUUUGGAAGAUGGUAUGUCACUUGACUUCGAUCUGAUCAAUGUUGAAGCUCCCAUAGCAAAUGCACUACGGAGGGUCUUAUUGGCAGAGGUAGUUAUUAACUUUUUUGCUAUUCCUCAACCUCCUCUAAAGGUGUGGUCUUCCCAGGGCCUGCCCUAG